AUGAAGUCACGAUCGCUAAAGCUCCGAGAAGCCCAUAAAGUCGGCGGAAGCGCGGCCUCGUUCUGCUCUAUCCUUUGGGACCACAAGGCGGAACACUUUGUCACUUCAUCUUCGUCGGAUCCAUCCAUUUCCGUCCACGAUGGACUGUCGCCGUCCACUUUGCCCCCGACGAUUCUUCGACAUCACCAAGACGGCGUCACCGCCCUGGGUCUUAGCCACGACUCUUCUUUCCUCGCCUCCGGAUCUAUCGAUCAUUGCGUUAAGCUCUACAAGUUCCCAAGUGGUGAAUUUCAGACGAACAUAACCAGAUUCACGCUUCCGAUACGCGCGCUUGCGUUUAAUGGCUCAGGCAGUCUAUUGGCAGCUGCUGGAGACGAUGAAGGAAUCAAACUUAUCAACACGAUUGAUGGCUCCAUUGUUAGAGUACUAAAGGGGCAUAAAGGACCUGUCACUGGCUUAGAUUUCCACCCUAAUGGUGAGCUACUAGCUUCGCUUGACUCCACUGGAACUGUCUUAUGCUGGGAACUUCAAAACGGAAUUCUUUCCUAUACCCUUAAGGGUGUUGCGCCCUACACAGGUUUCAGCACUUCCAUUGUCAAUGUUCUUAGAUGGAGCCCCGACGGGCGAACCCUUGCCGUGCCUGGUUUGAGAAACGACGUGGUCAUGUAUGAUAGGUUUACUGGGGAGAAGCUUUUUGCACUAAGAGGUGACCAUAUCGAGGCUAUAUGUUAUUUAACUUGGUCUCCUAAUGGGAAGUAUGUAGCUACAUCCGGUCUGGAUAAACAAGUGCUGCUCUGGGAUAUUGAUAAGAAGCAGGACAUAGAUAGGCAAAAAUUCGAGGAGAGAAUAUGUUGUAUGGCGUGGAAACCGAAUGGUAAUGCUUUAUCAGUCAUUGAUGUCAGGGGAAGAUACGGAAUUUGGGAAUCUUUGGUUCCAUCAUCCAUGGUGUCUCCUACAGUGGGUAUUCCAGACAUACUACCAAAGAGGAGGAACGAGAUUCUUGUUUUUGACCAAGAAAUUGAGGAAGAAUCUGAAAGUUUAAAUGAUGCUCAGUUAGAUAGUGGUGAUGGAGAAUCUCAUCAACCUAGGAGGAAAAGAUUAAGGAGAAAAAACAUUACUGAUGAUGAUGGUGAUGCCAAUGAGGAAUUCUAUGAUGGGUGUAGCUUACCCUCGGCAUCUGGCUACAGGAAACUAGCACAUAAAGAGAAACAGGGAGUGGGAAGUGGGAUUGCAAAGGGCAUUGCAGGAUCAACCAAGCACAAAAUGCAAAAACCUUUCCAACCUGGUGCAUCACCACCAGAACCAGGAAAAAGGACAUUUUUGUGUUACAAUAUGUUGGGAUGCAUAACGACAGUUGAACACGAGGGGAACUCCCGUAUUGAGACAGAUUUUCAUGAUACUGGAAGAGGUCCACAAGUUUCAUCAAUGAUCGACAUCUACGGCUUUACUAUGGCAUCAAUAAAUGAAAAUGGAUGUGUCUUUGCAAAUCCCUGUAAGGGAGAAAAGAACAUGAGUGUUCUGAUGUAUCGACCAUUUAAUACCUGGGACAGUAAUAGUGAGUGGACGAUGAGGUUUGAAGGCGAAGAGGUGAAGGUUGUCGCUAACGGUUCUGGUUGGGUUGCUGCGGUUACAAGCCUCAAUUUGCUUCACAUAUUUAGCGAGGGUGGUUUACAGAAACAUAUUCUUUCCAUUGAUGGUCCCGUAGUCACUGCAGUAGGAUGCAAGGAUCAACUUGCUGUGGUAACUCAUGUAUCUGACUGCCUUCCUUCAAAUGAACAGGUGAUGGAAUUUAGAGUCUUUGACAUAUCUAGAAUGACUCAGCCGUUGAAAGGCCGUGUUGCCUUAACCCCUGGCUCACGUUUAAGAUGGAUAGGAUUCAGUGAGAAAGGCUCUUUCAGCUCAUACGAUUCUGAGGGUGUGUUGAGGGUUUUUACGUGUCAAUAUGGUGGCUCAUGGAUCCCAGUCUUCAGUACCAGUAAAGAGAAGAAACAAGAAGAAAACUACUGGGUGGUUGGCUUGAAUACAACCAGUGUCUACUGUAUAGCUUGUAAACACCCUGAGCUUUUCCCAACGGUGACACCAAAACCAAUCCUUACCAUUUUAGACCUUUCUCUCCCGCUUGCAUCCUCAGAUUUAGGAGCGACAUCUCUCGAAAAUGAGUUAAUACUAAAACAGCUGCGUUUAUACGAGACUCAAAGAAGAGUGGAUGAUAUGACUUUGUCCGGGGUGGACACAACAGCACUUGAAGAUGAGGCUUUCGACAUCGAAGUUUGUCAAGAUAAAUGCAUACUGAGGCUCAUCAGCUCGUGUUGCAGUAGUGACAAGUUUGAAAGGGCCUGUGAACUUAUGAGGCUUUUAUCUCUAGAAAAAUCAAUGAGAGCAGCAAUAACACUGGUCACCAAACUCAAGCUUCAAUUUUUGGCAGAAAAAUUUGGCAGCAUACUCGAGGAAAGGUUGCUUGAAGAUGCUACCGAGGUGAUAACAAAUCCUCUGCAGAAUCCAAGCAGAGGAGAAGUGGGUACAAGAGCUGAAUCCAAGGUCCAGAGACGUCCAGCUUCGUUUCAGACAAGCGAAAACACAGAAGAAGUGCUGAAAUCUUCUGCAACUAAGUUAUCUGCUCCUACAUUUGUAAGGAAAGCAAAAGUUUUAGAAGAUCUUAAGCUGGGAAAAGAACAAACAAAGAGAGACGAAACUGAAGAUGCGAAGAAAAAAGAGAGAAUGAAAUUGAAUUUGAUCAAGAAUCCGGUGAACAAUGUUUACAGUGAAGAGAAGGGACUGAGGAAGGAAGUGAAUCAAGAAGAAGCCCGACGUUCUUCAAACCCGUUCCGGAAAUCAACUGUUUAA